AUGGCCGAAGUCGAGAAACCACAAAAAGGAGACAAAGUCUCGUGGAACUGGGGCGCCGGAGCCCCCGCCGGCACCGUAGCCGAGACGCAAGAGCAAGGCUCCGUCGAGAUAAAAACGCACCGCGGCAACACCAUCAAGCGGAAAGGCGAGCCGGGUAACCCGGCCGUCCGCAUCGAGCGCUCCGGCAACGACGUCGUGAAGAAGUCGUCGGAGCUUACUGUGGAAGAGAGGGGUGACGAGGAGGGCGGACAACAACAACAAGGUCGUCAGGAGGGUGGUGGUGGUGGUAAUGGUAAGAAGAGAGGGAGUGAUGCGGUGGAGGAGGAGGAGGAGGAGAGUGAGGUUAGUGAGGAGGAUGAAGAUGACGAUGAGGUAGGGGAUAUGGUGACAGGAGGUAAGGGGGAAGGGCUUACGACGAGGAGUGCAAAGGGGAAGGAGGUUAAGAGGGGGGGUAAGGAGGCGAAUAAGAAGCAGAAGACGGAGGAAGAUGAAGAGGCUAGAAAGCAAGAGGAGGACGAGCACAGUGCGAGUGAAUAUUCAGAUGCGGAUGCUGAUGCGGAUGCUGAUAUUAGCGGGAUUGAAAGGGCGAAGAGAGAAGAUGGAGUGGAGGAGAUUGAGGAUGUGGAUCUGGACGCGGCGGUGGAAGACGAUGAGAGGUACCGCUGACAGCUGUUGAAGCUAGGGUAAUGGGUAG